AUGCGUUAUCUAUGUCUUAUCUUUACCAUUCCACCACUUGUGACGACAGUCGCCCGAACAGCAUUGCUUAUUCUAAAAGCAGCGUCCGCCAAACACUUUGCAAUCUUCUCUGUCGUUACAGCAAUUGCUUGUCUUGCUAUCAUCCCUGACAGUCUUACAGCACUGUGUUUGAUGACAAUCCAUGUCAACCUUGCAGCCUGUGAUGACCCUACUCUUGUACUCUUGGAAGAAGGCGAAAGGUGA